AUGGAAAGAUCGGAGCAUUUUGUUUCGAGUGACUUAUUCAGUUUCCGUAGCUGGUCUACUCUGCGGCUCGGAAUGGUGCGUUUUGCCACUUUCGUGUUUUGUUUGAACACCUGGCAGGAAAGGACAGUGACCGCCUUGACAAACUAUAAGAGUCCUUUAAAGAACUGGGCAUCCGCAAGCACGAAGUUCAAGGAACACCAGCUUAAUUCCGAAUUUCACAAGGCAGCGGUUGGUUACGCUGAAGAUUUCCUUCGGGUACAGGAUGGGAAAAUGCCGUCAAUCUCACAACAGCUCAGUGAUAUUUAUCGUAACACUGUCGAACUUAACAGACAAAAGUUACGAUCUAUCAUAAAAACUGUUGUGCUUUGUGGUAAACAGAACAUAGCAUUACGAGGCCACCGCGAUGGCUCGUCACACAUAGACGAAGCUUCAGGCAACUCAGAAAACUUUCAAGCACUGCUGAAUUUCAGAGUGGAGGCUGGCGAUAAAGUGCUAGCAAAUCAUUUAGCCAACGGCUCAAGAAAUGCAACAUAUCGCUCUAAGACGAUCCAAAAUGAACAUAGAAGUGUUAGGCACUUACAUCCAAGACAAGAUCGUUGCAGAGUGAAGCAGGUGCAUUUUCCCUACUGGCGGAUGAGGCAAGUGAUAGCAGUAACAAGGAACAACUACUACUGA